AUGGCAGACGAGCGCAACAUCUACGGGUAUAAUCCCUCCUUGCCUGCCGCAGUCAUUUUCAUCAUUCUCUUUGGCUCCUCAGCGGGAUAUCACUGCUAUCAACUUGCCAAAGCCCGGUGCUGGUACUUCAUACCUUUCGUGAUUGGUGGAAUCCUCCAAAUCUUAGGAUACAUCUGUCGAGCCGCCUCCCAUGACAACUACUAUGGAGUCACUCUCUAUGCGUUACAGACGACUUUCAUCCUGAUUGCUCCGCCACUCUACGCCGCAUCAGUCUACAUGAUCCUAGGACGAACAAUCACCUAUCUACAUGCCGAGAAGUUGAGCUUGGUUCGCGUGGGCUGGAUGACCAAGUUCUUCGUGGCAGGAGAUGUCAUCUCGUUCCUCAUGCAGUGCACCGGCGGUGGUCUUAUGUCAACGGGUGACAACCACGAUCUCGGCUCGAAUAUUACCAUCGGCGGACUGAUCGUCCAACUCCUGUUCUUUGGAUUCUUCGUGGUCGUGACCGGCGUCUUCCACUUCCGCAUCUCCCGCAACCCAACUUCGAAAUCGCGAGCCGAUCGCGAACUCACCAGUGGACAGGGCUUCAGGCAGCGCAACUGGUUCACUAUCAUCAUCGGCCUAUACCUCGUCAGCUUCUUGAUUCUUGUGCGGUCGAUCUUCCGUUUGAUUGAAUACAUUCAAGGAUACGGUGGAUAUAUCAUGACCACCGAGGUCUUCAUGUACAUUUUCGAUGCGGUGUUGAUGUGGGGCGCGAUGGUUGUUGAGAACAUCUACCACCCUGCUGAGAUUCUGGGCAAUGGCAAGGGUGAAAAUGAGGGCUAUGAGGAAACGAUGCAACUAUGA